AUGUACCUGCGGCGGUGGGGAGUCCUUUUUCCAAGCACUGCUACUCGUGUUGAGUUCCAGUUGCGGCGUGAGAGUCUCAAGUCGCGUGGCAUCGACACGUUCGACGACUGGCUCGCAAAACGCGGCGCCGUGAUGGAAUACCUGACACACGAGUGGUUCCGUUUCACGGACGGGCCCUACAACCCCAAGCACUCGGACCGGACGCCAACGCUCGAUGUUUGGCAAUUGGUGCAGCAAAGGUCUCAGCAAUGGGCUGGCGUUAGCCGUGGCCAGGCGCUUGCUCCGCUCUACCUGGAGCCCCCUCGCCUCGAACAGCUCGUGCUGCAAGCAAUCGGCGUGAUGGUGACGGCGAUGGCCCGUGAGAACGUCAAGGUUACGAGCAACGGGCACUUUCUCGACGAGCUGAUCGAGCGCGUCGAGGAGUUGGUCGAGGCGCGCGACAUGGCCGCCGAGGAAGUGAUGGCGAAGCGAUUCCUGGCGUUGGCGAGAGUCUCUAGCCGUGAACAAGAGCGCGAGGGCUUCUCGCUUGAAGUCCAAGUCGAGACGCUGACGCGAUAUGCCACGGAGCACGACGGCGAAAUCUUCAAACUCUUCCGCAUCGCGGAGACGGCCACCAAGCCCGACGAGCGCCGCACCUUCAAGGAACUGCUCGGCUACGCGAAGGACCACGCCGCCGAGAUUGACGCCGUCUUGUUCUUCAAGGUGGACCGUGCUGCAAGAAACCUGUUCGACUAUGUCGAGCUCGAACGCCUCGAAGACGAGCAUGGCGUCAAAGUCGUCUACGUGACGCAGCCGACGGAGAACACGCCAGCGGGGCGGAUGAUGCGGCGGACGCUCGCCAACAUGGCGUCGUUCUACACCGAGCAGCAGUCGCUCGACGUGCGCGACGGAUUAGAACGCCGCGUGAAGUCGGGCCUGUUCGUCGGCAAGGCGCCGUUCGGCUACCGCAACGUCCGCCACGAUGGCCGCAGCCUCGUCGAAGUCGAUCCCCGCGCCGCCGCAGCCGUCCGCCGAGCCUUCGACCUGUACGCCUUCCACGGCCACACCAUCGACUCGCUGCUCGACCAGCUCGACGCCGAGGGUGUCGUCUACACGGCGAAGUGCCGGCGGUUCACCCGUAGCAAGCUCCACACGAUGCUCCGCGAUCGGGCCUACCUGGGCGAAGUCGCCUACCGCGGCCACUGGCACGAAGGGACGCACGAGCCGCUGAUCGAUCGGGCAACGUUCGAUCGGGUUCAGCAAUUGCUCGGCGGCCAGAUUUAUCGCUCCCACGAGCUCACCUACGCCGGCCACCUGAUCAUGUGCGGCCACUGCGGCCGGCCGAUCACCGGUGAGUCGAUCGAGCGGAAACGCAAGUCGGGCGUGAGCGUCUACCGCUACUACCGCUGUGCGGGCUACACCGCGAAGGGCCACCCGCGUAUCCGCCUCACCGAGGCCGACCUCGACGCGCAAGUGAUGGGCCUCUUCGACCGCUUGAAGAUCGAAGACGAGCAGGUCCGCGAUUGGUUCGCCCGUGUGCUCCGUGAACGCACCCGCGGCCAGCAAGACGCCAACCGCGAGCGCCAAGCUGAGCUGAGCCGUCAAGUCACGCUGUUGCGUCGUCAGCAGGAUCAGCUCUUGAACCUGCGGCUGCUCGAAGAGAUCGACGCCGACACGUACGCGGCGAAGUCCACGGAGCUACGCGAUCAAGUGAGUCGGCUUAGCGUGGAACUCGAAGCGACCGACCGCGGCCGGGCCGAACUGGGCGAGAUCGCCAUCAAGGCGUUUGAACUCUCGCAAGUCCUUCGCGAGAAGUGGCUUACGGCCGAUUACCGGGCCAAACGUCACCUGCUCGAAAUUGUCGGUUUGAACUACCGGCUCGACGACGUAACUCUCGUCCCUGAAUGGAGAAAGCCCUUCGACGUUCUCGCCGAAGGGCCUCUAUCUGAAGAAAGUCGGGGCGACACGAUUCGAACGUGCGACCUACUGGUCCCAAACCAGCCGCGCUACCAGGCUGCGCCACGCCCCGCUCUACAAGCCUGGGGCUGA